AUGGAUAACUAAAGUUUCAAUAACAUCCCUCUUGCAACAAACUAAAAUAAUACUGACAUGAGCAUUCAAAUGGUCAACCCAUAAAUGAUGCAUCACAUUCCACAUACUUAGAAUUAAAUGUACGCUCCUUAGAUGAUGAAUUAAUAAUAGUUGCCUAACUAAUACUAACAUUAACAAAUGAUGAUGAUGCAACAUCCUUAAAUGAUCCAGCAAUAGUUCCCUCUCAUAUAAUAGCAACAAUAGCAAAAACCAAUAUUUUUAUAUCCUGCAACCCCAUAAUAACCUACUUCUAGAUAUAGUCAGCCCUUGUAUUGCUCUAAUUGCUAAAGAGUUGUCCCAUCGCUAGUAGAAUUUUAAGCUGGAAAGGGAGCAUGGGUAUCAGGUCUAGUGAUAGGCCUACUUGGAUGUUGGGCUGGAUGCUGCUUAAUCCCAUGCUGCAAUGAAGACUUCUAAGAUGCUGUUCAUUAAUGCACUAUCUGUCACCAACAGCUCGGAAAAAAAUAAUUCCUCUUUGAUUGA